GGCAGCAGUGCGGGUCAGUCGCCAGCCAGCAGCAGUCGCAGUCUUUUGCAGCAGCCGAAGCCAAACAGCAGCUCGGAGGAGGAUGGCCGAUGUUUUGACGACGGGCAGCUGAUUCGGCCCUUCGACAUGCCCGUGACCCGCAAGGUGCGGCGCGACCAUAGUGAGGUCAGCUGCUGCCUCAAGUACGUCAUCUUCGGCUCGAACGUCGUCUUCUGGCUGAUCGGCCUUCUGAUCCUGGCCAUCGGGUUCUGGGCGUGGAGUGAAAAAGACACUUUCAACAACCUCAGCCGACUGGCUAAUGUGGCUCUCGACCCUGCCUUUUUGCUCAUUCUCGUAGGGUUGAUGACUUUUGUGAUUGGCUUUACGGGUUGUGUUGGCGCCCUGAGGGAGAAUUCCCGUCUCUUAGCAUCGUAUGCCAUAUUCCUGGCCAUUAUUUUACUACUCGAGAUGACAGCCGGCAUCCUAGGCUUCAUCUUCAAAGACUGGAUCAAGGCUCAGGCCACUGGGGGCUUCCAAGCAUUUAUCGUUCACUACAGAGAAGACCCUGAUCAACAGAAUCUUAUUGAUUGGAUUCAGGAAGAUUGGUUGCAAUGCUGUGGUAUCGAAGGCCCCAAGGACUGGGACAAAAACAACUAUUUCAACUGUUCCUCCCGAGAGGUGGGCAGCAGAGAAGCUUGUGGAGUGCCAUUUUCCUGCUGCAAACCUAAGCCAAACGAAAUUAUCAAGAACAAACAGUGCGGUUAUGAUGUUCGGAAACCAGGAUAUCCGGCCGAGCGGCACAUUUACGAGCGCGGUUGUCUGCGCACGGGUGAGGAGUGGCUCGAGGCUAACCUGGUGGUGGUGUGCGGCGUGGCCGUCUGCCUGGCAAUCACGCAGAUUUUGGGCAUCUGCUUUGCGCAGAACCUGCGUGCGGACAUCUUCGCGCAGAAGGCCAAGUGGCACUGACAUUCGAGGGCCCCCACUGCCGUCUAGCCCCGGCGAACGCCGUGGGGCAGCGAGCGACCCCUGUUGCCAUGCACAGGAGCCGACCUGCAGUGAGGGCCCGAACACCCCACAAUCUGGACCUCUGACGUCCAAACAGACAAUUUGAAACAAAAACUUUCUCCUUUUGAGUGAAAGAAAGAUGUGCGCGUCCGACUAACGAAUCUCCAUAGUUCUAAUUUUCAAUUGACACCUCGGACUUCUUAUCCGCAGUAAAUGUGUUUACUGCUUUUUCUAUGAAAGCUGCGACAACAAGUGGUGAAAACAACUUGCUUUUUGAUAAAUAAUGCCAUGCGUGUAUAUGUUUUUAUCGACGAUCAAAAUGAGAUUAUCAUACAUAAGAAGAGAUAUACUUGAAAUUGAGUGUUGGUUUAGAGGGACAGACAAAUAAUAAUUUAUUAGUGAAUGUACUAAUUAGCAGGUAAUCAAAUGAAUUUCCGCUUCAUUUUUAUAAUAGAUGAUUGUAUCAAUUCUAUCUUAAAUGCAAUUUUGUUACUUUUAUAGACAAAAUUUUAUUUGUAAAUUUCAAUUUACGGCGUUUAUUCAAGCAAUAAGUUUAUUUAAAAGACUUAAUUGAAAAGAGUUAUGAUCUGUUAAACAGUUUAAAAUAGUUUAAUAAAGAACUAAUCUGUGAAAUCUGAUUAGUGUGUAAUAACUAUGAACAUCUCAUAUUUGUCUCUCAUUCAAUUCAUUAUAAUACUGGGGCCAAUAACUCAGUUUAAAGUGUUAAUUUGCAGCUCAAAUUAUUUAUAAAUUAACAAACAAUUCUAUUAAAUUUUAAAUCGGCUAUUUUAUGGUUGGGCAAAAAUUGAUUAAUUAUCUUUUGAGAUAAAGCCUUUUUAUUUUGCAAAGGAAGUGAAAAAUCAAAAGCAAUUCAGUUGAUAACUGACAUUGGAUUUGAUAAUUUUCUUUGUCAAUAAUCACUAGAGAUAUAAAUCUGGGAAACCCAAAUUUUUUGAACAAGCAUGGGAAACUCGCUUUUAGAUUAGUUUCUACUUCAGCAUUUAAGCCUUCAGUUUGACUUAAAAUGUUUCUUGAGGAGGUGCAGUACAAAACAAAUGACUACUGGAGAUCAAAGCGAUUCCAAUCUCAAGGAGGAAAUAAUCGCAAACCCAAAAUUGUUUAGUCUGUUGUUGAUUUUGUAUGACAUGUAUGAUUUUCCAAGGUCUCCUUCAGUCUUCACACGUGCGAUUGAAUGAUUAACCAAGUGAAAUUUAUUUUCUGAUAAGUUUGGCGCCCUAUAGACUUUUGCGAUGAAAACCACCAUGCAAAGUGGCGUUAACUGACGAUAACUUUCUAUUUUACUAUUUCAUGAGUACUUGACAAUAUUACGCGUAAGGCUUUUUUAUAAUUUCAUGUUUCUAGCAAACAAUAUAUCAAUUAAUGAGAAGUCGGAAUAAUUUAUUUUCAACUUUUUAUUCAAAAAUUAAUUUAGGAAAUUACAUAAUGAUAUGUGUGUAAACCCAUAUGACAGCACUCUACAAAAAAAUUUAAAAAAAAAUUAUACAUUUUUGCCUAUUUGAACAUAAAAUGGGUCCUCCACCAUAUAUAUUCUGCAAUGUUAAUGAGAUUCCACCUUUUCCUGCAUCUUUUUUUGCCAAAUCAAGCCAUAAACUCAUUGAUAGCUGUGGCAAACUCUUCAGGCUGCUCGAGGUGCGAGUAGUGGCUACCAUUAACAAUCUGCUGCUGGAAGGAGGUGGCCGCCUUGGCCAAAACCUGCUUGCUUAUUUCAGAUACUCCUUGCUGCUGUCCCUCGACACUCAGCACCGGACACUUGACCUUAGAGGCGACGGCGGUCUCUGUGCUCUGGAAAAGGUUGUGGAACGCAGACGUUUCAAGCCACGGGGCAGUGGCAUCUAUGUAGCCGCCGU